UAGUAGUGUCACUUUCAUGUCUUUGGUUAAAUACACUGCUGUGAGGUGAGACAGUAGUGUAAGUAUGUGGAUUCUCGGGGCAUAUUUAUGUAUAGCCUCUUGUAUGGCUCUCGAUCAGGAAGGCCUCAAUGACCUUGGUAAAAAUCUCCAGAUUAAAUGGCUUAUCAAGGACAACACCCAAACAGAGACAAGAGCAUUUGCCGAAAUAAUUCUUACCAACAAUGGCAACACAACACUCUCUAAAGACGGAGACUGGCGAAUUCAUCUCGACACAAUCUUCUUGUUAGAACCGGACUAUCUGCCUCGACCUGGGGGAUAUGAACUUCCGGGUCAAGGAAUCAGGAUCAACCAUCUUGUAGGGACACAAUUCACGAUAGCACCUACGGACAGCUUCUUUGAUCUUCUUCCUGGCAGAAGCAGAAAGAUAAAGCUGCAACUCAUCUACUGGGUGACAGCUAAGACAGAUAUGAUGCCCAAUUGGUUCAUCGUUGCUGCGGGUCUGGUUCCCCAUGUACUGGUCAGCACUGUCGGGGAGACUCUGGACUUUGUCCAGCCAAUCACGCAGCCACAGCAAUUUAAGAGGUACAACUAUGAUCGUUUUGCGCCAUUUUCUCUGGAGGAAAGGUUCAGUCGGUUUGCUGUGGAUGAUCUACAUGACAGUGGAGAGAUCCGCGUCAUCCCCAAACCCAUGGAGAUGACAUUGAACAGGCGCCGCAGCUUCCAGAUGGAUGUGUCUAAUGUUGCUGUGCAUUCACAGUCUGGGCUAGACACAGAGGAACAAAUCUUUAAGCAAGCAUUAAAAUCCAUUCGUCCCACACCCGGCACAACAACCACCGCAUCGGUAAAAUUACAGAUAGGGAGCGUAACAGUAAAAAAUACAAGCCUCUACCACAUGGACGACGCUUACAGCAUAGACAUCAACCCAACGUCGUCGACAGUGACCAUUAUCGGGUCUCAACCAUCCGGAGUGCUCUAUGGAAUUCAAACAUUAUUACAGCUGAUACGCGAGGCGAACGGUAAGCUCUUCACGACGCUUGUCCGCGAUGCACCGCGUUAUGGAUAUCGUGGUCUUUUCCUGGAUGCUGGACGGAAUUUCUACCCGAAGGAUGACGUCAUUGGUCUGAUUGACAAAAUGGCGUCCUACAAGUUGAACAAAUUUCACUUCCAUCUAUCGGAUGACGAAGGAUGGAGACUAGAAAUACCCGGACUUCAGGAGUUGACACAGUUUGGCUCUCAGCGAUGUUUCGACCCAAGUGGUAACAAAUGCCUGCCACCCCAAAUAGGUUCAGGUCCAACGAACUGUACCUCGGGAUCUGGUUUUUACUCUGUGGCAGAUUACAGGGAAAUUCUACGGUUUGCCAAAGAUCGACAUAUCGAAAUAAUCCCAGAGUUUGACCUCCCUGGACAUGCGCGCGCCGCCGUUCAGUCGAUGGAACUAAGAUAUAACAAUCUGAAGAUGGCCGGCAAUGACACAGAGGCAUUAAAAUAUCGACUUGUUGAGGGUGGAAUCAAAGAUUGGUCAAAGUAUCUAUCUAUUCAGAUGUAUGUUGAUGAUGCAGUGAAUCCCUGCAUUGAAUCCACUUAUAGCUUCAUCAAUCAUGUGAUGGAAGAAUUAUCCAUCAUGCAUCGGGAUAUUCAGCCUUUGAGGAUUUUCAAUUUUGGAGGGGACGAGGUGGCGGAGGGAGCCUGGGACAAUUCUACCGCCUGUAGACAAGUGUCCAACUCCUCUGUUGUCAAUGUUCCCAAAGUCAAGGAGCAUUUCUUCAGAAAGGUGGUGGGACUCGGGUCGAGUCGAAACCUAGACAUUGCAGCCUGGGAAGAUGGGUUGCUCCAAGAGGGGAGCGGCUUUGUAAUGACUGGCGCUCCUGACCAGUCGACUGGCUACAAAAUGUUCAGCCUAAACGGGAGUCACGAUGUGUACGCCUAUGUGUACCAGAAUAUAUGGGAAUGGGGGAAUGCGGGCCGUGCCUAUAACCUAGCUAACAAUGGUUAUAAGGUGGUGAUGUGUCCAGCAACUCUCCUUAACUUCGACUUCCCUUAUGAACCUGAUCCUCUUGAACGUGGGUACUAUUGGGCGGCAAGGUACAUCGACUCUAGGAAAGCCUUCAGCUUCAUGCCAGAAAACCUGUACGGAAACAUCGACACUCAGCGUUCUGGAGAACCCAUCAGCCACGAGGAGGCCUGUGGCAGCAACAAUGAAAAGUGUCCCCCUUUGCUCAAACCAGGCAACAUUGUCGGAAUCCAGGGGCAUCUGUGGUCUGACACGUUACGCAGCACAGAAGAUAUGCACAUGAGAGCCUUCCCUCGGAUGUUGUCGUUGGCUGAGAGGGCGUGGCAUAAAGCUGACUGGGAAUCAAUGGAUAACUCUACGACACGUGAUCAAGCCAGACAUGACGACUGGUCAAGUUAUGUGAAAGCUGUUGGGUUGAGAGAACUCCCUUGGCUGGAUUCAGAGGGCAUCGAUUAUCGUGUUGCACCACCCGCCGCAAGAGUUGUCGAUGGGUUGCUGGUACCGAUUACCGAGUUUCCAGGCCUACGGGUGCAGUAUCAGGACUCGCAUGGUAACUGGAUUGAUAUCUUCACCAACUCAAGCACUGACAGGCCUAUUCGAACAAGAACAGCUGAUGGAAAACGUUACAGUCGAGCUGUCAAAUACGAUUCGUCUCCGCCCUACAUUGCACAGCCAACCCUCGACAGAAUUGCUGAUAGUCUAGUUGUAAACUUUUCUGUCAUUGACAAUCUCUACGAUGGAUGCACCUCCUACAAAGCACAGCUAACCCUCACCAACAAUGGAACACUUCCUAUAGAACCAGGGAACUGGGGAAUCUACUUCAACAGUGAGACUGUCCUACACAACAUAGACUCUGGUAUGACAGCUGAAGAGUUCAAUGAAGGGUUCUUUGCAAUCAAACCCCAGAAAGACUUUAAACCCAUAAUGCCAAAUGAAAAGCGAGUUUUGAAUGGUGAAUUUAAACCAUGGUCUGUCUCAAAGUACGACCAGAUGCCUAAUUGGUUUGUUGCUGCAGAAGGUUUGGAACCAAGGAUAUUACCAAAUACUGUUGGCGAAAGUCUUGACUUCGUGAGUGCUUUCGAUACUCCGAACAAAUGGAAACGAUGUUUCUCACUUCAGAAUGCUUUUACUGAUGUAUACAAACCGUUUUCACCAGAGGACAGAUUUAACCGUAAUCCUGACCCUGCCAGUAAAGCCGAUUCCCACAAGACCCUGAUCCCGACGCCCAUGUCCUUGACAUCUGUGAAGGAGGGGGACAUGGCUACCAUAUACCUCGACAAAUGCUGCUGGACUAUUACUUCUGACGUUUUUUUUACCAGAGAAGCUUCAUUCUUAAAAGAUCAACUUAGCGCAAUGGGAUUAUCGACAAUGACACUUUCUGCCAAUACUGCUGCUCAAAGCUACAUUAGGAUCAAGGAGGACGUCUCACUGUCUGAAGAUGGCUACACGUUGACAAUGGAGCCAAAGUACCAAGGCAUUCUUAUAUCUGCAUCGACUAAGGCAGGAGCAUUCUACGGUAUUCAAUCGCUGAUCAGUCUUGCCUUGCGAGGUGUCAAGGUUGGCGUCAUGUCUGCAGUCAGUGUGAAGGACAAACCCAGAUAUCACUACCGUGGUCUCCUGCUAGAUGUUGCAAGUAACUUCUAUCCAAAAGAAACAUUAUUUCGGGUACUGGAUUUAAUGGCGAUGUACAAAAUGAAUAAACUACACUUGCACCUGACCAAUAAUUAUGCAUGGCGAAUUGAGGUUUCUGGACUUGACGGGCUCAGCCAGAUUGGUAGUCAGCGGUGUUUCAAUCAAGUGUGGUUACGAUGCCUCUACCCCCAAUUUGGAUCGGGUCCAACCAACAGCACAUCCGGAUUCUACAGGAAGCAAGACUAUGAAGACAUCCUGAAGUACGCUGCCUAUCGCCACAUUGAAGUCAUACCAGAAAUCAGUCUGCCUGGAAACGCGCAUGCAGCCAUUCAAGCAAUGGCUAUCAGAAAACAAACCAGAUUAGAUGUUGGUGAUUUUAAUAGUUCCGAAGAAUUCAUGCUGACAAGUAUACCGUUCAAAGAAGAUGUACCAAUUGGAACCAACACAAUUAAUCCCAUGCUCUCGUCAACGUUUGACUUCUUCUCUCUUGUGUUUGAUGAACUUUACAAUAUGCAUCAAAACAUUAACCCACUAAAGACCAUGCAUUUCGGAGGAGGGGAAGCAACGAUACAUGCAUGGUCAGAUGCUGUUGUAGACCAUAUCAUGAAUUCCCUUAGCGCGACCAGUUUUCAAAUCAAACUGGUAAAAGAAUUGUCCAAAAUAGUAAGCUCCAAAAAUGUAACCUUGGCUGGAUUUGAAGAAGGCUUCAUGAGCAACAUUUACGAUAUCAUCCCCAAACAGCAGCUGUCUGGACGUGUGAUGGCAUAUGAGUGGAAGGAUUUCUGGGCAGAUCAAUCAGUUCCAGCUUCUCAGGCUUAUUUACUGGCAAACGAUGAUUAUGAGCUUGUGGUGGCUUCGUCAAAACAUCUGAACCUUGACACACCCUAUGAGCCCGACCCCCAGGAAAGAGGAGAAUAUUGGGCCAGUAGGUACACUGACACAAAGAAGGUGUUCGAGUUUAUGCCUGGGGAUAUCUACAGUAACAUACACACGAACUCUCAGGGAAUAACAGUGACAAGGGAGCGCGUGUGUGGGAACAGUAACGCCAUCUGCCCAAGACUGACUCGGCCACAGAACGUCAUAGGCAUGCAAGCUCAGCUCUGGACAGAUGAAAUCAGAACAGAGCAACAACUCUUUGAAAUGCUGCUACCUAGAAUGUUGGCUGUGGCUGAGAGAGCUUGGCAUAAAGCACCAUGGGAGAAUUUGAAAUACUCAGAUUCAAGGCGGGAUGAUGACUGGCUGCAGUUUUCCUCUAGUAUAGGUUUGCAGGAGAUGAAGAUAUUGGACCGACUCAACUACACCUACCACCUGCCACCCCCCGGAGCCAAACUAUCCGGGCCUCAGCUACACAUCAACACAGCCUUCCCAGGUCUUCCAGUCGAAGCCAGCGUAGACGCUGGUCAGUCCUGGAUCACAGUCAACCCAGUUUCUGGCAUGACGGUCAUUGAUGGACAAACUGUACUGCUAAGAACAAGAUCACCAUCAAAUCAACGUAAGAGCAGAGUCAUAACCAUGAAGAUAUCUGGAGUCACAAUUGUUCCCGUGGUUGGAUAAUAUCCAUGUUAAAUGAUGGGUGUAUUUCUGUAUUUUGUCUGAACAUGAAAUCAUAUUAUA